CUAUCCGGGUCACUCACUCAAGUAAAGGGGGAGAGAGAGACGCGCAUGCCCGAGAAGAAAACUGGUAAGCGCGGCCUCGAGAGCUGCGCACGGGCGCGGCGGCGCGCUCUGUGUCGGAGGAAGAGCAGCAGCAGCAGCAGCCGCCUCGAAGGGGGAGGGGCUCUCUGGGCUCUUUCCGAGGCGCUGCCGAUCCGCAGGCUGGUCGUGCCUGGCUGGCCCUGAGCUCGCCUUCCUCUUUCGCGGGGCGGGGCGGAGGGGAGCCUGAGAGGAGCAGGGAGGCGCCGGUGGUCGCGGCUCUGAUCCCGACGUGGAGGAGACGGCAGACUCCUGCUUCACAUCUGGAAUACAAAUUAAGGAAAGUUGCUUUGAGUGGACAAUGAUUAGAGAUACAAUGAAGGCGUGGAGUGACAGUCAGUCAGAUCUUUACAGCAGUGACCUAGAAGAAGAGGAAGAAAUGAUUUUUGGAGAAAAUGAAGAAGACUUGGAAGAGAUGAUGGAUUUAAGUGACCUGCCUACCUCACUCUUCGCCUGUAGUGUUCAUGAAGCAGUGUUUGAAGUUCAAGAGCAAAAGGAACAGUUUGAAGCUCUCUUCUCAGUCUACGAUGAUCAUGUUACAUUCCAGCUAUUUAAAAGCUUUAGAAGAGUAAGGAUAAAUUUUAGCAAUCCAGAAGCAGCAGCAAGAGCACGAAUAGAACUUCAUGAGACGGACUUCAAUGGGAAAAAACUCAAGCUGUAUUUUGCCCAGGUUCAGGUGCCCAAUGAAGUGGGAGACAAAUCUUACCUCUUGCCACCACAGCCUGUCAAACAGUUCCUGAUAUCGCCACCUGCAUCCCCACCAGUAGGAUGGAAGCCAAGUGAAGAUGCCACACCCAUGAUAAACUAUGACUUGCUCUGUGCUGUUUCAAAAUUGGGCCCUGGGGAGAAGUAUGAGCUUCAUGCAGGAACAGAAUCCACUCCCAGUGUCGUCGUCCAUGUGUGCGAAAGUGAAACAGAAGAGGAAGAUGAAAUUAAAAAUCCCAAACAGAAGAUAGUGCAGACGAAGCGUCCGGAUCCACCACCCACAUUAAUAAAUGAAACAAAAACUCUUGAAUGUGCGCUAGAGGUAGGGGGUGGGAUGCACUACUGAAUUUGAGGCUCUCUGAUAACAGCAGUGAGUGGUAAAUGUUUGCAUUGCUGUGUGACGCAUAACAGCAGAAGACUUCUCUUGUAGUCGUCUCGCAUCAGAAAGACUAUAGAUGCCAACGUUUUGAAGAGCACUUUAAUUUUAAGGUUAACUCCCAAGAUGUAGCAAAUCCACUGGGUUUCAAGUCCUAGAAUACUAGGAAGGUGCCAUUUUUGGAAUGUGUGUUACCAUUUUCUUGGUGUUCAGAAGGCAGAAAGGAACUUGGCUGCUGCCAUCUCUAUAUGGGUUACCACAUGGUUUUGUAUGUGAGUCUCAUGUAUAUUUUUGUGUGCUGAUGUAUAACAUGAUCUGAGUAACAUGAUGUUCUAAGUAAUAUAUUGAUGAAAUAUAAAUGUAAUGUACAAUGUACAUUGUUAUCAGUAGAAAAAUCUCAAACUGGUUUGGGGUGAUAGAACCAAAUUUCCAAACAGG